CGGCGGGCGGAGGCGGAGGCGGGGAGCCGCGGUGGGGCAGGAGGCGGGAUUCGCACCUAGGUGCAGAGCCGAGCACCGGGUCGCAGCGCCGAGCAGCCCGAGGAUGGCGCGGGAGCUGAGCCAGGAGGCCGUGCUGGAUUUCCUCUGGGGGGCCGGGGGACGAGCCUCCAACUCGGCGCUGCUCCGCCACUUCCAGCGCUUCCUCCGCGACCCGGCGCUCACCGAGCAGCAGCGCCGGGAGCGCCGCGAGUGCUUCAAGAGCAUCGUCAACUCCCUGGCCACCGUCCGCCCCGCCGCCGGGCCCGCCGCCUCCAAGGACAUCGUCCUCCGCCGCAGGUACCGUGACCUCCUCGAUGAGGACUUGCAGCAGCAGCAGCGGGAGGAGGAGGCGCUGCCGUCCCGACGCGACCCUGACCCGGGGAAGGCUGCGAAGGAGCGGCCGGCGGGGGCUGCCGGGGCCGGGGGCUGCGCCGCCCGAGGCGGACCCUGCUGCGAGUGCCGCCGGGCUCUGCGCGCUCCCGCCGCCGCCGGGACCCCGGGCCCCAGCGGGACGCCCCGCUCCCCGCCGCCCCCCGCACAGCUGCCCCCAUACCGGACCCCGCCGCUCUCCUCGGCAGCCCGCACCGCGCCCCCGCACCGCGCCCCGCAGCCGCCCCCGGACAGAACAGACCGGUCCCGGUCCGUGCCGCUGCCACCGGCCCCCGAGGUGAUGCCUCCCGCAUCCCUGCAACCGCGACGCCCCAAAGCAUCGCCCCCAAUCCAGUCCCUGCCACCGGACCCCAAGAUGCUGCCUCCCGCCGCAUCCCUGACACUGCAGCGCCCCAGAGCAUCGCCCCAAAUCCAGUCUCUGCCCUCGGACACCGGGGUGCUGCCUCCUACUGUGUCCAUGCCACGGCAGCGCUCCAGAGCAUCGCCUCCAACCCAGUUCCUGCCGCUGGACCCCGGGGUGCUGCCCCUCACCGCAUCCCUGCCACCACAACACUCCAGAGCAUCACCCCCAACCCAGUCACUGCCCCUCGGGGUGCUGCCCUCAACUGCGUCCCUGCCACCGCGAUGCCCCAGGGGGUCACCCCUAAACCAGUACCCACUGCUGUCGCUGGACCCUGCUCCCGCUGGUUCCCCGCCACCACAGUGCCCCAGAGCAUCGCCCCCAACCCAGUCCCUGCCGCCGCCCGAGGGCCACAGGAUGCUGCCUCCUGACAGCACCUGGUCUGCGCCGCAGCCUCCCACUGGGAUGCCCCCGCUGAAGGCUCCACCACUCAUGGUAGGUCCUGGGGGGCAGCAUCCCACUAGAGCAUGCCGGUCCCCGCCCCCACCCCAGUCCCUGCCAUUGCAAUCCGUCCCAGAGCUGUUGUCCCUGUCCCGGUCUCCACAGCCACCCCCACCCAGGUCCCUGCUAUUCCAGUCCACGUCAGGAGUGCUGUCCCUGUCCCGAUCCCUGCAGGAACUCCCCGCCACCCCAUCCCCACUGCUUCUCUCAGGCCCUGAUGUUCUGCACUCCACCAUGCUGCUGCCAUCCCAGUCCAGGUCCCUGCAGCAGCUCCCCACCAGGCCACCCCGCUCCCCAACGAGGGCAUCCAGGGUGCUGACCCCCAACAGACCAACCCAAUCUCAAGUCCUGCUGUUGUACCCACACCAAAACCCACCACUGCAGUCAGAUCCUGGUGUGAUGCCCCCCACCAGGCCACCCCCAUCCCAAUCCCCGCCACAGUCCUCUACCCAGCUGUCCCCAUCCCGGUCCCUGCAGCCACCCCCAUCCCAGGCCUUGCUGCCAGCUGCAGGGCCCCGAGCCCCAGAGAGCAGCCCCCCAGAAUCGCUGCCAGUCUUCCGGAGCAUCCGGUGCCAGCUCGCUUUGUUGGAGGCACAGGGCAUCUCCCGGUCACUGCCAAAUGACUCUAGGCGGCAGCCCCGCACCGUGCCCUCCAAGAGCUCCCCUAGAAAUAUCUCAAGUCGGGGGCUGUCAGUGCCACUGGGACAGCGGGAGCACGCCUGGCUUGUGGCGGUGUCAGGGGGAUGCUGGGCUCAGGUGCGGGGGCUCUUCCUGGAAGAGCCGGAGCUGGCCCUACAGCGAGACUUCAUGUCGGGCUUCACUGUGCUUCACUGGCUGGCCAAGCACGGCGACGGGCUGGGCCUGCAGGAGCUGGCAGCAGCGGCACGGCAGGCAGGGCUGGCCCUGGACGUGGAUGCCCGCUCCGGCUGUGGGUACACUCCGCUGCACCUGGCUGCCAUCCACGGCCACCAGUUUGUCAUCAAGGUGCUGGUGCUGCAGCUGGGCUGCCAGGUGCAGGUGCGGGACAGCAGCGGGCGCCGGCCCUGGGAAUACCUGGGCAGUUCCACCUCGGGGGAGAUCUGGCAGCUCCUGGAGGCACCCCGUGGCACAAUUAUGUUCCCCACCGAGCCUCUGGCCUGCAGCAAGUCCUCUGUCAACAAGGCCUUGCUGCCCGCUGGCAAGGCAGCGCUGCCUGCCUGCCUCCAGCUGCAGCAUGGCCACGGAGCAGCAUCCCACCGGACUAGCAACAAGAGUGACUGAGAGACAGCUCCCUGGAAUCCCCUGCCAGCAGAGAUGGAACCUUGGUGGCCAUCCCACAAGAGGAAGUGAGGCAGGCAUAAAAAUGCUGUGAAAGAUUGAACCUAUUGGAGAAUGUACUCUUAAAGUAAUCUAAUGAACCUUUGUCUGCGACUCUCUGCCCUCCUUCCCAUUUCUCACUUUUUUACCAGAGGAUGCAACUCCUCUGCUGGAAGCAGGCAAGUCCUACGCAUGCCACAGGGCAGGCACCAGCUGCUGCAGCCACAACCACCAGCAUUAGUGGGACUUUGUGUUUGGGGUCUCAGAUGACCCCAGUGUGAAGCUCAGAGCCUGGCCCCAACUGGAGCACAGUGCUUGCUUUUGCUCACAGCAAGAUUGUUGUUGGUCCUGGUGUUUGCAAAACACUUUUUCACACCGCCUAAUUCUGGGGAGUCCCUAAGACUGUGUCCCUUUUAAAUCCCAGCAGAUUAAGGAUGACUCUCGCUUUUAAAAAUGCAGCUGAUCAAGGUCCAGCCUUGCAGCAAGAGUCCUCAGAGAGCGUCCAGCUGUCGCAGAGGGCCUGAGUUGGAGAGCCCUCAGCAGAUGAGGGUGUAGCACACCCACUCCAUUUCUCAGCCCAUCUUGCCCACCAGCCCAUGCAGAAAGGAAUGCAGGGCAGCAGCACAGCCCUGCUCCACCCCACGCCUGCCCCAGGCUGCCCGGCAGCACCGAUACUGUCCCCUCCUUACUACAUCGCCAAUCCCUUUCCUCACACCACAGGAUUAGGAAGUGGUACCCACAUUGUGGUGAGAGCCCUGUUUCCACACCUGGGGAUGGAAAGCGUUGCUGCAGGAACCUGUAUUGGGCAGAAAAGGAGGUGUGCUGCAGUACAGGUCCCAAGCUGGUUGGAGAAGGCAGUUUCAUAACUAGAGCUGCAUUUCCCCAGAGACCCCAGCCCUAAAUUGCCUCAUAGUUGUUUAUGUGAUAGGAGUGGGUAGGACUGGGGGUCCAGGUGCAGGUGCAGGUAAGAGAUGUCCAGUGCAGUCCUUCCUAAGAUCUUGUAAGUAACAAGAUGGCUUUAAGAAUUUCACUGGAUUAUGUGGGUCCUAUAACAUACUCUGCUCUCUGAUUUAGCAUGAAUGAGCUUCUAAACAGUCAAAAAAUGCAAUAGAUUAAUGUUGCACCUAAUCUGUCUCUCCUAUAGAUCUUUAGAAAGGCAGGAAGAGAGCUAAGAUAUGUGAGAUGGGUACAUCACUGCCUCGGUUGAUGCUCCCACUGCUGGAUGACCCCAGACAGAGGACCAGCGGGUGUCAGUGCUUGUGAAACUGGGGCUGCUGGCUCUGCUGCAGUGGGAUGCUCUGGGGCUUACCAGCGCUGUAGGUGGGACUGCUCAUCUAUUUGAGGCAUGUGCCUAAAUGCCUUCAGUUUCAGGGAGGAACGGGAAUCAGGGCAGCAGAACCUGACCCUUGCAUAACAUGCAUGCUAGGGAAUGCCUCGAGUCCUUGCCCAAGCAUUAAUUGAGGUCUGUGCUUUGCUUGGGGUUUAUUUGAAGGAGGAAUUCCUUCCCGCAGAAGGGAAGCUUCUCUGCCUUACUCUGUGGCCACAAAAGGUUGUGGCCUCUUCCCAGCCUGUUUUUUCCCUUUUACAAGGGAAAGAGCUCAGUAAACCAAGGCAGUGUCCUGUGAAUGAUCACUCUUUGACAGAACAACACAAGCUUGAACUCAGAAGUCCAAUUCUGACGUGGCCUCUGAGCCACGGGCAUGGACACCUGGAGGGCCCUCCAGGGCUCCCCCACAGCAGGAGGAAUCUUCCUUCCUUUUAGAUCCAGCCCAGGGUUACAGCCUAGAUCAGCACCAACAUGCAAAGUGGCUGUCGCCUGGCAAAGUGCUGGAGUCUUUUCCACCAUGUUCAGAUCCAUUGCCACAAUUCACAUCACGCAGCAAUCUCCCUCUGGAAAGGGCUCGCUAAAGCCUUCCCUUAGCUUUAAGAAGCUCUUAAAAGCAACCUGUUGAUGGGGGUAUCAGGGAUGCCACCAGAGCUUUUGUGUCUAGCAAGCUUCAGGAAGAAACCCAAAUGAAAGAACUUCGUGAGCUGACUAGAGCUGUCUGGUGGGGAGCAUGCUUGGGCUCCACAGCCAUCUACAGCUUCCAAAGAAUAAAGUUUUCCUCUUACUAUCUCCAGUGCUGCUAGGACAAAGAGUGAAGAGAAUAGUGCUACCUCGGGAUUCUCAUAUUACAGCCUUUCCAUGACCUUUCUCCGUAAUGCAAAUCUAAGCAGUGCUUUUUUUUCCCCGCACACUGUUGCAGACCUUGUCUGUCAUCUUUUUCAGAGCAGUUUUCUCUCCCUACUAGUAUUUAGUGCAGCAGUCUAACAAGUUGUGAAAUCAUUUUGUGACCACUGUUUGCUUGCCUGUUGAGAUGACAUGCACAAACUGCUUUUUCCAAUUUUUAAAUUAUAAAGCAAAUCUUAUGAAGUUUGAAAUUACCAAAAACCUUUCUCUACUGCAUCCAGGGUGCACUCACUCUGGUUUGUCAGUCUAGGAAUACCGGGGAGUUCUUAGACUGCUAAUACUGCUAAUACCGCACAGUGCCCACACUGCACCUUUUAAAAGCUGUCAGUCACUGCUUGGGGGAAUAACCACUGUUUUAACUCACAGAGAGCCUCAUCCUCCAAGUUUUCUGCUGGUGAAAUAAGCAACAGACAGGAUGAAACCCAUCUCCAGUCCAUUGUGGAAGGAAGGGCCAGAUCUUUAAUCAGCCACACCUGGAGGAAUUGCACUGCUGCUCUAGAGCAUCAGGCAGGCAAGGCAAUGCAGGCGUCAUAGGUCCAGUCCACCAGGAAUAAUCCACCCCUGGAUACACAUACAAGCAGCCUAAGCAUCUCUGUCUCAAAGUGCUUCCGACCU